CUGUUCACAAAUGCUGGAAUGCUUAGGGUAUUUGAAAUGCAAUAUGUUACCUACCCACACUUGGUAUAUGAUUUUUUUAGUUCAUUUGUGCAAACUACAAAUAGUGAUGACCAUGCUGAAAGCACAAUCAACUUUCGUUUACUAAAUGAGGACCGCUCAUUGACCAAGUGGGGGUUCACCCAACACUUUGGCCUCCCCUUGUUUGAUGAAGAACGCGAUUAUGACACUUUUGUGGGUGUAGAGUUAUGGAAAAGGAUGACAGGUCAGGUAGAUGUUGAUUUUCGUCAUCUUAGUGUGAAUCGUGUACAACAUCCGGUCUUCCGAAUAUUCUUGAAAUUUUUAUCAAAUUGUUUUCUCGGAAGACCAAAUAACCAUCACACAAGAAUAUGGGAUGUUUGUGUUCUCUCACAAGCUGUUUUACCAGGCCCGGAUCAGGUGGAUGUUGCCACUAUUCUGUGGACUCACUUCAACAAAGUGGCAACUUCCACAGGGCCAAUUGUGAUGGGAGGCUUAAUCACACAUUUGGCCACACUAUAUGGUUUUGUAGACCCCGGCCCCAUUACCACAAAACAACUUGUCUGCACAAAAUGGCUUAUGGAGAAUACCAAAGAUGUAAAAUUCUCUCACACAACACCCGGGGGGGGUUAACUUCUACAACUGGUUAAUCGACCCACCCAAAGACAUCUCUUUUCGAUUACCCCCACUUGAACUCCCCUUGGACCUUUUGAAUCACCAAAUCGGUGAUGGGCAUCAUUAUUGUCUCCCCGGUAGAAUACCAUCCCAUUAUCAACAACAGGAACCUCACCAUGAUCAAGCCGCACUUGAACAUCCACCCCUCAUACCCGAACAACCCCAACCCCAACCCCAACCCCAGCCACAACCCAAUGCUCACCAAUUUUCGCCAUUUGAGCAAGAACUGCUCAAUAGCAUGGCUGCCCUCAACCUCAACUAUACCAACCUUCGCGAAGAUGUUGGACUAUAUAGAAUUGAACAACAACAGAGGUUCGAGAGGAUAGAGGAGCAGAGACAAAGAGUCUGGCAGCGGUAUGAGGAGGACCGACAGAGAGAUCGAGAAGACACGAGGAGGACUUAUGGCCCUAUCUACUCCUACAUAGCACAUCAGGGUGACUUUGCAUCUAUGACCACUCCUCAUCCUGCACCCUCUUGGUAUAAUCCCACUGAAUGGGGUUAUUUAGGCGGUCCAAGUCCCGGUGAUGGAAGCGAUCACAUGGAUGAGGAUACACCUUAUGGGGGCUAUCAUGGCUAUGGAGGACUCUAUGAUGGCGGCGACGCGGGUGGACACUAGGGAUAGUGCCAUGAACUAGCACGGGGGGAGAAUCUUUCUGGAUCCUAAGGGUGAUUACUAAAGAGAGUUCGUUGCAUGAGGAAAAAGAAAUUGAAGAUCCCUUGAUAUUUUUUGAGAGUGUAUGUUAGGGAUACUUUGUGAUUAUGUUGUUCUAAAAACAAAAUGUGAUGGUUGAUGAUCUUAUCAUUUGAGGACUCCUUGAAUUGCAUUUACUCGAGACGAGUAAAUAUUCAAGUGUGGGGAUGUUUGAUAUGCACUAAUUAGUAGUGCAUAAAUGUUUGUUUUUAUGUUUGAUUUGUGUGGAUUGUUUACCGUUUUAGUAAUUUGAGAACAUUUGUUUGAUUUUAAUUGUAAUUGUAUUUUAAUCCCCAUUUGUGAGUUGUAAAGUUGAAUUAGGCAUUAUGGUGUUAAAAAGAGGACUUUGAAGUGAAGCAAAAGGAGAUUGGACUGUUCAGGAGCUGAAACCCGACCGGGCAUAAACACUUGACCCGGUCGGGCAAGAUUUAACAAACGAAGGAGACUGGAAAUUGCAUAGACCCGGUCGGGUCCCCUAUACCACCCGGUCGGGUCGGAUUUGAUCCGAGACAAUUUAACGUGCAAAAACACAAAAACGUGGAAGAUUAUCUGAUCUUGACAUGCACCCGGUGGAGUGGGCACUUUACCCGGUCGGGCACCCGACCAAAGGUGUUGUAAAACACCUAUAAAUAGCUCCAUUUUC